AUGUAUGGUUACGCCUGGAACCGUGUUUAUGGCCGCAAAUAUGCCAACGGGGAGGAAGAGAUGGAGCUGUUUGAUGGAGAGGCCAUCUUCCAGAUUGACAGUGAGCUGCUGCUGCUCAGCGGAUGCUUCGAUGGCAACGGCAUCACCUCCAUGGAGGCCCACUGGGGAAUGAGGGCUGCUUCCUCUGCGGUGGGUCUGGGCACUGGCACCCCAUUUGCCUCCUCCGGUGAGGGACGCAUCACAGCGGUCAGAGUGUGGGAGAACAACAACUACUACUACUACUACUACUACUACAACAACAACGCCUACAUCAACGGGUUCCAGCUGAGAUACAGCAACACCUGGUCUCCUGUGUUCGGUCGCGAAGUGGGUGAAAAGCAGGAGAUGGAGCUGUUUAAGGAUGAGGCCAUCGUCGAGGUGUCUGGGAAGUACAACCGUGGAGACUACAUCUGCUACCUGGUGUUCACCACCAACACGGGGCGCACUCUGGCGGCCGGCCUGCCUAACCAAGUCUCCUUCAACUUCUACCCAGCCAACAAGGGCAAUGAGCUGAGGAUGCUCAGCGGUCGCUUCAACUGUGCCGGGAUCACUUCCAUCGGAGCCCACUGGGGAUUGGUGUACACGGAAGAGGCUGGAAACAGUACCUCCUCUUAAUCGAAAAAAAAAUUAAGUAUGUCUUGCUCUUUGGGAUGGUUUCCCGGAUACAGAUUAAGCCUAGUCCUGGACUAGUUACUUUCAAUGGAGAUUCUCCAUUCAGCAUGCUUUUUAGUCCAGGAGUAAACUUAAUCUGGGUCCAGGAAACUGACCCUAUAUGUUUUGGACGGAUGUUUGACAUAGACGCUGACAUGACUGUUU